GUCGUCCAUUCAAAGUACGAUUCUGAUUAUGAAGGGACCAAUGGUGGAUCAAAAACAAAGCGACGCUUUAAGGAGAUACGCUUUUAAUAAAAAGAGUAUUUCAAUGGUUCUAGAAUACCAAGCAACGUAUUAUAGUUUCAGGGCGCUAAUAGGAAUUAUGCCAUACUUAGACUGGGGCAUGGUGACCAUAACAGUUUUUUCUUGCAUAUCUAUGCUGUUCGAAAGUCCCUGGCCAACUACUGGUGAAAACCUUGUGAUGAACAAUCUUUACUUACAGAUCGGAGAUUACGUGUUUGUUAUAACGAUGACAUUUGAACUGCUGCUGAAAAUAAUUGCAAACGGUCUGUUCUUUACUCCAAAGGCGGUUAUUAGCGAUGUUGGAGGAGUCAUGACCAUGUUCAUUUACUUUACCAGCCUCGCUUUCCUAAUAUGGAUGCCGCAUCAUGUUGAAAUCAACUCAUUUGCUCAACUAUUGAUGAUAUUUCGAGCGAUGAGGCCUCUUCGGAUUUACACGCUUGUACCACAUAUCAGAAGAGUUGUACUGGAGUUUUUCCGCGGGUUCAAGGAAAUUUUACUGGUAACAAUCUUGAUGAUUGUCGUUAUGUUUAUAUUUGCAAGUUUUGGUGUACAAAUUGUUGGAGGAAAAUUAGCUGCUUGUAAUGACCCAACUGUCUUGUCAAGGGAAAAUUGUACGGGUAUCUUCUGGCAGAAAAUUUUCGUUACGCGUUUGGAAGUUUAUGGAAAAAAUGAUGAAGAAAUGCAUCCAAAAAUUCUAGUGCCAAGAGUGUGGACUAAUCCACGAAAUUUCAACUUUGAUCACGUUGGUAAUGCUAUGUUAGCUUUAUUCGAAACCCUGUCCUACAAAGGAUGGAAUGUGAUUCGUGAUAUUCUUUAUAGCAGACAAGGACCUGUAAGCAUA